AUGCCCAGGAGACGCAGGGCUCCAGUUCCAGACGUACUAUGGCGCCUAUUCCGCGAUCGAGCACGAACUCUAUCAGACACCAUCGUAUCGUUGCUCCCUCCUCCGCCUCCGUCGCCGGACCUUUGCCGCUGCAAGGGGCGCAGUUGCCUUGGCUGCAGUCACGACUCCAGGUCUUUCCUCCUCAGACCAGAUGACCCCUCCGAUUAUCGAAAACUCCUCGCAAAGUGCUUCGUCGUCGUUUCCGAAAACGCCCCUUCAAUUCCGUUUUUCAUCCCCCACUCCAACUCGCCCCAAGAUCAGAUUGUUAAGAGGACCAUUGAACUGAUGUUAUAUCGAAGGGAACCAGCCUAUUCAAAUGUGUUGUGCUCUGGUUAUGAUAGGAGUAAAUGUUCAAGCCCUAUUGUGGAGCUUUUAUGUUGUGCAUCUUGGUGUCUUCUAUUAAGUAGGGUUGGAGAUGAUUUUAUGGUUUACCUACUGAGGUUUACAUCAAUAUUCUUGCCAGCUCCCCAUGGAAAACACCACCAGGUGGGAGGUCCUCCAAUCAGUCGUCUAUGCUUUGAUAUGUUGAAGUGUUCAUCAAAGUUUGAGCAUCCUUCACUUUAUAAAUGUGGAGCACAAAAGAGAAAAAGAGCUGAUGUUGAUGACUUAACAGUAGAGAAUCAAAAGUGCCAUAUUUCUUCCAGUACCAACGGUCCUGUUGGCUUUGCAAGUGAUCUUGACUUAUCUGUUGAGUCUUCAAUGCAACUGAUCAGGCAUCAUGGGAGCAGGAAGCAUGAUGUCAGUGUGUCUGAAGUUCCUAAGUCAACAAGAAAUGGUCGUGUUAUAAGGAAGUCUGAGUCUGAAGGGAAACAAGGCUUGAAUUGUAUUACACCUAGGCUUGGAAAGCGUUCUAGGCCAUUUAGUUGGCAGCGGCGUAGAUGCAAAAAGCAGAAGCAAUUAACCUUUGAAGAAAACGGUCUAAAUACGCAUUGCAAUUUGCUUCCCACUAAUACAGAUAGCUUGCAUGCUAGUUUACAGUGUGACAACAACAGAUUAAGCUAUCAUAAAAAGCUGCAGAUGUUGAGGCAAUGUUCUUGCUGUCUAGUCUUGCCAUCUCUCACAGCUGUUCCUAAGAGGACUGAUAUCAAAAGGCAAUCCAUCUUUUAUAACCUGGAGUCUUCAUUCUCAGUUCUUCCGAAGAAACAUAUUUUGUAUUCCUUAAGGCCAAAUUUGGCUUGUUCGAAGAAUCUCAUUGGUAAUAUUUUUGGUUUCUCAUAUGUAAAUGCUAAUGCUCAACCAAUGCCUUGUUUCCACAGCAGUGGUUUGUGUCUCAUUGACUCUGCAUGCCUGUAUCACUCCCUUGUUAAGUGGUUUAAGCAUCUCAUUCGUAGGACACAGUGUUGCCAGCAUAGAAAGCUCUUGGAUAAGCAUUGUGUUGUUCCAUCAUUGGAUCAACAUACAUUUGGAAGAUCUAGUACCAGACUUGAGGAGAAUGUAUCAGGGACAAAUGUACACAAGAAAUCGCAGGAUUUUGGUACUGAACAUUGUGCAGAUGUUGUGGAAGAAAUACAUUUACAGUGUGAGGCAGUUAAGUCGUACUGCUCAAAAAGUCAAGUUGUAUCUUUCAUAUGGGCUGUUUCUAGGAGUUUACUUCCUUCCGAAUUAUUAGGUACUCCUUCUAAUUGGAGAAUAAUGAAAAGAAAUAUUUCCAAGUUCAUACACUUACGGAGAUAUGAGAAGUUCCCUUUAAAGCUAUGUAUGCAUGAACUAAAAACAUCAAGGUUUCCAUUCCUAUCAAAUAAAUAUUUCUUCAAUAGUCAAAAUGCUUGGGUUCUAAAGUAUAUAAAAGGACAUAACAAAGUCCUUAACGAAGAAUUUGGAAGUUGGAACAAUGCUGUACCUGGUGUCAAACGUAAGCUUUUGGAGAAGUGGAUCUUCUGGUACUUCUCUUGUCUGGUUGUACCUUUGGUGCAAGCAAACUUCUAUGUUACUGAAAGUGAGCAAGGGAAACAAGAUAUGUACUAUUACAAGAAACCAGUUUGGGAGAAGUUGACUAAUAGCACUAUUGCUUGCUUCAAAGACUGGAGAUACAAUUACCUGAAUGAUGUGGCUGUACAUAAUAUUCUUAGAGGUAGACCAUUUGGGUUUUCAAAGCUCAGACUUCAACCAAAAGAAAAUGGAGUAAGGAUGGUGGCAAAUCUGAAAGGUUCUUCAAGAAUGCCAUUGCCUGUGUCCACUAUGGGAGUUCAAUAUUGCAAAACAGAGAGGAAAGCAAAACACCAGAAAAUCAAGUUUGAACAUUAUCAGUCUGUGAAUUCUGCUCUUCGUGAUGCCCAUACUAUUCUAAAAGGAAUUCAGUUCAAGAAGCCUGAGAAGCUGGGUUCUUCAGUGUUUGACUACAAUGAUAUUUACAAAAAACUAUGCCCAUUUUUGGUUGGCCAAAAGAAGGGAUUGGCAUCUUUGCCCAGUUUAUUCAUUGUCACGUCUGAUGUGUUGAAAGCUUUUGAUUCUGUUGAUCAGGACAAGCUGCUUGGCAUUAUGAAAAAUGUUCUAUUGAAAGAUGAAUAUUUUCUUAAACAGUAUGAUCAAGUUGUUUGUACAAAGAGAUCUUUGUGGGUUCAAAAGCAAUUUACAAUGCUGGAUGAAACUAGUAACACUGGCCCUCAAAGAUUUACUUCAUAUGCUUCCUUUCGUUCCCAGCAUGCUGUCUAUGUUAACCAGGAGCGGUGGAAGCAUGUGAAAAACAAAGUGCUAUUUUCAUAUCUUAUAGAGCAUGUGAAGCACAAUGUGUUGCAGUUUGAUGGAAAAUUUUACUUGCAAGGUGUUGGUAUUCCCCAAGGAGGCGUUUUGUCAGCUUUGCUUUGCUCCUUAUAUUACGGACAUUUGGAGAGACAUGCAAUAUUUCCAUUUCUUGAAAAAACACUUGAAUCUGGCAGUUGCAAAGAGACUAAUGUUGUGCACACUAACAGUGAUGAUAAAGUCUCAUCUCCAUGUUACAUGCUUAUGCGAUUUAUUGAUGAUUUCCUUUUUAUAUCAACCUCAAAGAAGCAGGCAACUAGCUUUUUCUCCAGGCUGCAAAGAGGAUUUCGUGGUUACAACUGCUACAUGAAUGAGAAAAAGUUUGGUGCAAACUUUGAUGUAGAACAGAUAUCAGGUUCCCAAUUGAACAGGGUUUAUGUGGGUGAAGAUGGUUCCACAUCAUUUCUUCGAUGGAGUGGACUUCUUAUCAAUUCCUCCACUAUGGAAAUUCAGGCUGACUACACAAAGUACUUGAAUAACCAUUUAAGCUCGACACUUACUGUUUGCUGGCAAGGUAAACCAGGCAAUCAUCUGAAGGAGAAGCUGUGUUUCUUUCUAAGACCUAAAUGCCAUCCUAUAUUCUUCGAUUCAAAUAUCAAUUCAGCAGCUGUUGUCAGAUUAAAUAUUUAUCAAGUAUUUCUGUUAUGUGCAAUGAAAUUCCAUUGUUAUAUUCGUGAGCUAUCAUUCGUCUGCAAACUUCACAAAAGAUAUAUCUCAGACAUUAUUCAGAGAUCUUUGAGAUAUUUGUACCUGCUGAUAAAGAAAAGGAUGCAUUCCAUGCGUCUUGCUUCUGAGAUCAAGCCAAUUCUUAAGUUGGAGAGGGAAGAAGUGGAAUGGCUUGGGUUUCAUGCUUACAUACAAGUACUAAGGAGAAAGGAAUCACGUCACAAGGAGUUGCUGGCAGUUUUGAGGUCAAAGUUGUUAUUACAUAGAAUGUCUGGGAGUGUGUCACCUGAACUGAAGUAUGCAAUUGAUGCCAAAAAUUCUUCUGUGCUUUGGGGCAUCAAGUAUUAGUUGCCAAAGGUGUACAAAUGGAAAAUGGGGAAGAGAAAAGGUACAAAAUUUAACAUGGUUCAACCUGCAGACACUGGUGAAAGAGAAAAUCCUGUAUAAUAAAUGUAGACUACAAAGAAUAUGUCAGGUCACACCAUGGGCGUAUGUCAUAUACUCAAACAAAUAUAAGCCAUUUUAUACUUAUAUCACCCAUGGUGUUUUGUUUUCAAACAUUUGUGAUAUGUUGAGCACUAUUAAUACUUCUGAUCUUCAUGUUUCAAUUGUAAAGACUUGGUGGUGACUAGAACUU